AAGGAGGUAAAGUCAGUUGGUGACUGUUGGAAAAGCAGUAACUGAGAAGAAGACUGGGAGCAGAAGUGGAUAGAAAAGAGAAGAAAAUUAUCAGUGAGAAGAAAAUCCAAAUGACCAAACUCAAAUUCCAUGGCACUGAUGACUAUCAAACUGGAAGCCUGAAUACUCCUCACCAGCAGUAGAUUGUGAAAAGAAAAAAGAAGGAGAGAUGGCAUUCAUUUCCUGGAUUCAUCUUUGGGCUCUUCUUCAUCUCACAGAAGCCUACAUGAUUUCUCCUGUUCUCACAAAUUGUUCAAAAACAACAGAGGAGGCACUUCUAUCCUCUCCAAACAAGACAGCGUUUGGCCAAGACCAACACCUAGAAGGAAGUGAUUUCAAUGUGACUGAACUGAAGAAAACAUUCCAUCUAACACUACAAUUAAAUAUUUCUCAUGAUAUUUGCCAAGAAUAUAAACACAUGAUGGCCUUUCUAACUUGGUUACCAGGAGACCAUGUUCUUGCUCCUUUCGUUUUGUUCUUCUUCACUGUUGGACUUAAUGGAAGCAUAAUGAUUUUAGUCUUUCUUCUCUCUAACUUUCGGAGGAAUUCCUGGAAUGCCUACAUCUGGAAUAUGGCUGUGGCUGACUUUAGUGCCCUCACAUCUGUCUGCAUUGUCUGUCUAUUUGUUAAUAGGAUUUCUCAAGAUACCAGUAGUGGCUUUGUUAAAUGGUUCCUACUCCUGGCAUACCUCUUUUCAUCCAUGAAUUAUUUUAGUCUACACUACAUUGCAGCUGUCCUCAUUAAUUCGUGUUUGGUUGUCCUAAUCCCAAACUGGUACAGAGGCCAGCAACCAGACUUUGUGGCACCUCUCAUAUCUGCUCUUUUGUCUGUCCUGGGGCUAUUGGCUUGCCGCACAUUAUUCUUUUUUCAUUUAGAUGGUGACAUAUAUGCAAUCACUUUUAUGACCUAUAUGAUUUUUUCCCCAAUUACGGUCAUCUCAGUCCAGACCCUGAUCAUCAAAAUUUGGUAUAUCAUCGAGAAAUACCAUUUCCAUAUUUAUUUAUUUGGAUCAGCUUUUGUCAUUUUCACCUGGACCUUUAUAUUCUUUUUCUUCAAUGAGAGAUGUGAGUUUCCUGUCAUCACGUUGUCAUCAUUUUUGCUCAUCCCUCUCAGUACCACCAUUAACCUUGUUCUUUCCAUCCUCACUUGGAGUAUCAAGAUGGAAAACAAAGUAGGAUAAAUUCACCAAAAGCUAGAUAUCCUGUGUAAUAGCAGAAGAGUGACAAAGUAGUUUUAUUAGAACAAAAAAUGUGUCUCUCUGGCUUGUUGCUUUUGCAAGAAUCGAGUUUUGUACACCAUACUAGCCUAUAAAUUUCUAAGUGUUGAACCUGUGCUCAGUUGAAUAAAUGUUCAUUUAUUGAAA